CACGUUUCCGAAUUCUUCAGGGGUGCUCGCGACGCUGCGUAGACUCGGAAGUUUGGCUAUCAGUUUACACGUAGCCUGCAGUAAAUAAUCCGUCAGAGAUCCACCCAUUUGCUUUCUCCCUCCCCUCUUCCCUGGAGAAAUCCUCCCCGCUGGCUCUCCCGGGAAGGCACAGCCAGGAGUUCCAGGGCCCAAGUCUCCUUGGCAAAUGGUCUUUUGCUGAAACUCGCUUUCUGCCCUUACGGAGCCAUGCUUCGAGUGAUCGUGGAAUCUGCCAGCAAUAUCCCUAAAACGAAAUUUGGGAAACCGGAUCCUAUCGUUUCUGUUAUUUUUAAGGAUGAGAAAAAGAAAACAAAGAAAGUUGAUAAUGAACUCAACCCUGUCUGGAAUGAGAUUUUGGAGUUUGAUUUGAGGGGUUUUCCACUGGACAUUUCAUCUUCCCUUGGGAUUGUUGUGAAAGAUUUUGAGACAAUUGGACAAAAUAAAUUAAUUGGCACGGCCUCUGUUGCCCUGAAGGACCUGAUUGGAGACCAAAGCAGGUCACUGCCCUACAAACAGAUCACCCUGCUAAACGAAAGAGGACAAGACACUGGGGCCACCAUUGACUUGGUGAUUGGCUAUGAACCACCUUCAGUUCCACAUCCAAAUGACCCCAGUGAGACCAGCGUGCCAGGGAUGGGAGGUAAGCUGACCCUUCAUGAAGCCCUAGCCUACCCAAGGAAAUCUCAAAGCCUUCCUUAG